AUGGACAUCUUGCUGUAUCGUGUGAAUCAAAUUAUUGCCUGGUUCGUUUUUUGGCUCUUCAUAUGUUUUUAUUCGACCAACGUGAAUGGUGACAACGAUCUGACACAACGCAUCAACGAAUUCAAAUUGAACUAUCAAAUACUAACACAAAAGUGGAAUGAACUUAUCUAUCAUGCCAACAAAAACGGCCUACAGACGAGUUUUGAAAAAUGUGAAAAAACGAUAAAAUCUAUGUUGGUUUUCGGUCACGGAAUCCAAAGAGAUAUGGGACAGAUGGGAAACGACCCACAAACUUCCUUACUACCAACAAUCCGAAGUGCAACAGCUUUAGCACAUCAGAUAAUCGAGAUAAUUGGUGCUGUCAUUUUCCAAGCGGAUUUGGCAACAGCUAUGCUAAACGAAUCUACCAGAAGAGACAAAUAA